CCUAAGAAGAAGAUGAACAUGCAUGUUUAGAAAAUGGAAAGAGAGAGAGAAAAAGUUUCAAACUACUUCACUAAUAAUACUACAUCUCCAAUCAUGAAUCCUCCAAUUAAUGAAAUGGGUUUUCAUCAUCUUCACUUUGAUCAUGUCGACGAUCACACUCAAGUAUUAAACUUUCUUGUCUCAUCACAACAACAACACCCACUUCACGCCGGAACCGCCACAACCAGAAACCAACCUCAGCCGGAUACUGGCGGCGCCACCAGAUUCAACCAGAUCAACACCCGCCAUGAUGAUGAUCAUCAUCAUAAUAGGUCUUCCAACUGGAAGCAAACUGAUCAGGUGGCUGGACAAUUGGAUUCCAACAAGACUAGUACUAAUGUGGAGAGCUGCUCUGCGAAUGCAAGUGACGGUGGUGGUAGCAAUUCAUGGUGGAGGAAUUCGGAGAAGAACAAGGUUAAUAAAGUGAGAAGAAAGUUGAGAGAGCCCAGGUUUUGCUUUCAAACAAGAAGUGAUAUUGAUGUUCUUGAUGACGGUUACAAGUGGAGGAAAUAUGGUCAGAAAGUUGUCAAGAACAGCCUUCAUCCCAGAAGUUACUAUCGAUGCACACAUAGCAACUGUAGGGUGAAGAAACGGGUAGAACGGUUAUCCGAGGAUUGUCGAAUGGUUAUAACUACCUACGAAGGAAGACAUAAUCACAUUCCUUGUGAUGAUUCAAAUUCGUCGGAAAAUGAAUGUUUUACCUCCUUCUAGACCUAGUUUGUUAAUUACCUUCAAUAAAUUAUCCAAGUAUUGUAUUAUUAAUGAAUUCUUGUAAUUAAGUAAAUGGAAUUAAUUGCCCCCACAAAAUAUAUCAUAUGCAUUGUCAUAUAGUGUUAUUAAACCUAUUUCAGAAAAGGAAAAUCAAC